AUGUGGGAAAACUUACAAGCAAGUUCUCUCUACGAUAUCACCGAUCGAUGGACGGUAGUCACUGGUGCAGCUAGCGGCAUCGGUCGCAUGCUGGCGCGAGGUUGCACCGUCAAUGGAGCCAACACAAUUCUCAUUGACAUCAACGAGCAAACUCUUUUAGAAGUUGCGAAUGAGUUGAAAACACUUUCCUCUCAUUCAAGCUCCAAUUCCCCAGAGAUCCUCACGAUUUGCGGCGACCUUUCCUCCGAGAAUGGAGUUAAGUUAGUCGUAGACAAAAUUAAGAACAUGCGAAGCUCGAUCGAUGCAUUGAUUCAUUGCGCCGGUAUUCGAUACAUGAAUGAAAUUACUUACACACCUGGGGAUGGUUUGAGCAACCUUGAAGCUGCAACCUUGUCCGCAUCUUAUCAAGGCUGGGAGCACACAUUUCGAUUAAAUGUACUCGCACCUUAUUACCUGACUGCUGAUCUGAUUGGGCUUCUCGGAGUAGCAGCUUCGAAAGGCGAAGGAAGAGGCUGCGUGAUAGUCUUCAGCAGCCCGGCCAGUGUGCAUAAUCAUCAAUUUGUGCCUUCCUAUCAAACAUCGAAGGCGGCCGUUGAUCACUUAGUGAGAAUAAUGGCGACUGAAUUUGCAGACUUCUACAUUCGCGUGAACGCUAUUUCUCCUGGGAUCGUCCCCUCAGGAAUGACGACUACUGAUGCGAAUUCAAACCUUCACCUGGCAGAGCAGGCUCCAGCAAGAAGAGCAGGGAAUGAGCAGGAUAUGGUUGGUACCACUUUAUGGCUGAUGAGCAAGGCCAGUAGUUUUAUGGAUGGGAAAGUUAUUCGUGCAGAGGGAGGGCGGCUGUUGAUUCUGAAAGGUGUCACAUCUAAUUCCGAUUAA